AUAUGGAGACUGGAAACAUGUAUGCAAGGCCUAGUCAUAGAGUUCCAGCCCCUGGUGGUGUACGAGCCACAGAACCAGACCUGCCUCCUGUCAAUACCACACAGCCUCCCACCACUCAACUAGAGUCGCCUUAGGAAUUCAGAAGGUGCUAUGUAAGGAAGUAGAUAUCUAGGUUUGGUAGUAAAUUAGACUCCCUUUUUGUACAUGCUUUGUGCAUGAUAUGAAUCCCAGUGAUUCGUUUGGAGUGUAG